GAUCUGGACUGGGACCACAGUGAUCUGGACUGGGACCACAGUGAUCUGGACUGGGACCACAGUGAUCUGGACUGGGACCACAGUGAUCUGGACUGGGACCAACAGAACCAGCCUCAGCCGUUGAUGCACGUGGACAUGGCAGACCUUCAGCACGGACACCAUGUGAGUCGGACCUGGACUCGGCUGUAGCAGGUCCCGGGACGUGAUGCCCAGGCGGGGCUUGUUGUCUCUCCAGGGUCGGGUCCGCUGGCUCUUCCUGGGCCUGUUCCUGCUGCUGGUGCUGCUGCUGUUUGCGUACCUGCUGGAGUGCACGCCGCCCGCAGACGUGGGCCUGGUCCGGCCCGGCCCGGCAGGGGAGGCCUACGGGAAGGAGUACUACCAGGCCCUGCUGCAGGAGCACGAGGAGCGCCACCUGAGCCGCGCCUCCAGCCUGAAGCGGCAGAUCGCUCAGCUGAAGCAGGAGCUGCAGGAGAUGAGCGAGAAGCUGAAGCUGAUGCAGGACAGGAAGGAGCCCCCGGGGGUCCAGGGUCUGGGGGAGAACAAGGACCAGGAGCCCGGAGACCUGCUGGAGUACCUGCACUCCCAGAUCGACAAGGCCGAGGUGAACACGGGGGCCCGCCUGCCCAGCGAGUACGCCCUGGUUCCCUUCCAGAGCUUCACCUCCUCCAAGGUGUACCAGCUGGAGAUGGGCCUGACCCGGCACCCGGAGGAGAAACCGGUCCGCAAAGACCGCAGGGACGAGCUGGUGGAGGUCCUGGAGGCGGCGCUGGACAUCAUCAACAACCCCGACGAGGAGGACGGCGUGGAGGACGACGUUCCCAUGCAGCGGCAGACGUACACCGACGGUCACUUCACAGAAGGACUGUACCGGACGGAGCGAGACAAAGGGACGCUGUACGAGCUCUUCUUCGCCCAGGAGGAGUCCAGCAGCUUCCGUCACGUCACGCUCUUCAGACCGUUCGGGCCCAUCAUGAAGGUCCGCAGCUCGUCUGUGGACACGUCAGGGAUGAUCGUCAACAUCAUCGUUCCUCUGGCGGGCCGGGUCGAAACCUUCUUGCAGUUCUUACACAACUUCAGGCAGGUGUGCGUUCAGCAGGACAGACGGGUUUAUCUUACCGUGGUUUAUUUUGGACAGGAAGGUCUUCAGGACGUGAAGUCGUCUUUGGAGAAAAUGUCCAGCGAGGAGAGCUUCUCCAACUACACUCUGAUCCCCGUGUACGAGGAGUUUUCCCGUGGUCGGGGUUUGGACAUCGGAGCCCACGCAUGGGACAGAGGGGACGUCCUGAUGUUUUUCUGUGAUGUGGACAUUCAUUUUACACUGGAGUUCCUCAACACCUGCCGUCUCCAUGCUGCUCCCA